AUGGAUGAGGUGACGGAGCUGGAGGUGGGGGGGAACUCCCUCCUGAAGGCAGUGUGGCUCGGCCGGCUCCGACUGACCCGGCUGCUGCUGGAAGGGGGGGCUUACAUCAACGAGAGCAACGAGAAAGGGGAGACCGCCCUGAUGGUGGCCUGCAUCACCAAGCACGUCGACCAGCAGAGCAUUAACAAGGCCAAGAUGGUGAAGUACCUGCUGGACAACAGAGCUGACCCCAACAUCCAAGACAAGUCUGGGAAAACAGCCCUCAUGCACGCCUGCAUCCGCGGCGCCGGGGGGGACGUGGUGUCCCUGCUGCUGGAGAACGGGGCAGACCCCAGCCUGGAGGACCACUCGGGAGCGUCAGCUCUGGUCCACGCCAUCAACGCCGAUGACAAGGAUGUGCUGCAGCACCUCCUGAACGCCUGCAAAGCCAAAGGGAAGGAGGUGAUUAUUAUCACCAUGGACAAAUCGGCCUCUGGCACCAAGACCGCCAAGCAGUACCUGAACGUUCCCCCCUCGCUGGAGUUCAAGGAGAGGGCCCCCCCCGAGGUGUGCAUGGCACCCUCCAGCGCCCACCUGAAAACUCCCGUCUCGACACCUUCCCCUGCUGAGAAGGAGAGCAGCAUCCUCAGCCCUCACCCGUCGCACCCCGGGGACACCCCUUCUGCCAGGGCUGCUGACGAGCCCCCCUCCCCGGGCCGGCGAGCCAGUGCGGCCAGGAGGGCCCGCCUGCCCCAGUUGAAGCGGCUGCGGUCAGAGCCAUGGGGUCUGGUCGCACCCUCGGUGCUGGCGGCCUCCGCACACCGCGACGACACGUGGGUCUGCGCGGACAACGAGGUGAUCAUGGGCAUUGGCGACCUCUCGCUCUCCAAAAAGGCUACCCUCGCUCGGAGCGGCAGCAGCAAGAGCAAGGACCCCUCUCUCUUCCCCCCAGUAGACGAGCAGGCUCUGAGGAUGCCGCCGGCCCCUGGGCCACUGGCAAGGAAAGCAGCCUACGAGAAGAGCCAGGCCGCCCACCAGCGCCUGCCCCGAAGGAGCACGGUCCCCGAAGAGCCGGAGAGCGUCGGCUCCGCUGCCGCCGGCUCAGCCGCGGCGAUGGAUGCACUGCACUGGCGGAGGCUGGGCGCCGAGCACUACGACUGCGACCCCCAGCUCUUGGGCAUCCCCAGCCCGACCGAGGCAGGGAAGGUGCCGUCGGAGAGGAGGAAGCUCAGCGGGUCCCACCUGGCUUUGCUGGUCGGCUCACGGGAGUCCCUGGAGAGCAUCGCCGGCACGUCACCUGGCCCCGUCCGGCGCCGACCCCCUGGUUUGCUGGAGAGGCGAGGGUCCGGGACCCUGCUGCUGGACCACAUCUCCCACACAAGGCCGGGAUAUCUGCCCCCCCUGAACGUGAACCCCAACCCCCUCAUCCCCGACAUCGGCUCCAACAGCAAAACCUCCUCCCCGCUUGCUGCUGGCUUGAAGUCCCUGGUACCCAUCGCUCCCAGCUCGCCCAGACGGGGAGACUUGAGGGCCAAAAGGAAGCUUCUCCGGAGACACUCCAUGCAAGCGGAGCAGAUGCGGCAGCUCUCCGAUUUUGAGGAAAUAGUGGCCCAAUAG